GAGCUUUUUGUAUGAUCGCUUCACUUCUCGCAUUUUUCUCGUUGUUCUCGUCCGCGAUGGCUGCUAACAAGGAACGUACUUUCAUCAUGAUCAAGCCGGACGGAGUCCAGCGUGGGCUCGUCGGCACCAUCAUCCAGCGAUUUGAAGCCAAGGGCUUCAAGCUCGUCGCGAUGAAGUUCAUGUGGCCAUCGAAGGAUUUGCUUGAGAAGCACUACGCCGAUCUGUCGGCGCGUCCCUUCUUCCCCGGACUCGUCACGUACAUGAGCUCCGGCCCGGUGGUGCCAAUGGUCUUCGAAGGCCUGAACGCAGUGAAGACCGGCCGCAAGAUGCUGGGAGCCACCAACCCGGCCGACUCCGAGCCUGGUACCAUCCGUGGUGAUCUGUGCGUCCAGGUAGGCCGCAACAUCAUCCACGGUUCGGACGCUGUCGAAUCGGCCAACAAGGAAAUCGCCCUGUGGUUCAAGGACGAAGAACUUGUAUCGUGGACGCCAGCCGCCGAAGGAUGGGUUUACGAAUAG